AAAUACACAAGAAGAAAUGUAAUGGCAUCGGCCAUCAACGUUUGAUUUUUUGCUUUCACGAGAAUAAAUGUUUUUGUCUAUUUGUUUUGUUAGGAUGGACCGUGAACGUUUUGAGUUGGCCUUGGCUCGCACUAAGGAGCCUAAUUCGUGUUUUGAGUUGGUUCAUAGCGAAAGACAUGUUGCUCUUCCGCCACGUUUUGUAUGUAAAGUUAAAAAAGGGAUUUGUGAACAACUGGACAAAGAAUUGCAUCUUUAUUCAACACAGCUACAAGGUGUCCUCAUUGGGUAUGCCAAUAUGAAGUUGAUGCAGACCUGUGGAAUUGUUAUGGACGAUGAUCCAUAUGUUCACUUCAACAUUCAAGUUGACUUCAUUGUGUUCAAGCCGAGAAUUGGCUGUCAGAUGAAAGGCAUUGUCAACAAGACCAGUGUUGAUCAUGUUGGUUGUCUUGUCUAUGGACAUUUCAAUGCUUCCAUUCCAAGACCCAGGGUCAAUGGAACCAUGUGGAAAGGUAGUGAACUCAAACCUGGAGACAAAUGUGUGCUUGUUGUCGAUCACAUAUUUUCACGCAACAGAGUCCUGUCAAUGAAUGGACACUUGUACAUACCUGUAACUAACCAAGCAACUACAUGUGUUAAAAGAAAACAAGAAGAAUCUGUGGACAAAGACGUACCCACUAUUAAGAAGAAAAAGAAAAAAUGUAUAUUGGACCAUCAGAACGUUGCCGAUGUUUAUUUAGCAAAAACCAAGUAAAAGUAGAAGUAAAAAACAUUCAGAUGAUUGGUUAUCAUAAACGUUACUUGAUUGGAGCAUAUUAAUUUUAUGACCAAGAAACAAUGUAUGUAGUGCAAAUGUGAUAAUAUUUUGGUAGGUUGUGUCUUCAAAGUUACAUAAUGAUUAUAUGUCAUUGUUCCCAGAUUGCAAGGUACAUUUGAAAUGCAUCUUUGUAUAAAAGAACAUUUUGUGAUUAAAAUGUUUUGCCUACA